AUGUCUCGCCUCCCGACCCUAUCUACCCCGCACCGACUAGGCACGCCGCCUACUCCCUCGGGAAUCCCUACUCCAACCCAUCGUCGACCACGAUCGUCCCUGGGUCCCGCCAACAAUGCUCCCGCACCAGCAGAUAGCGAUGCGAUGGAUCAUCUACAAGAAGCGCUGAAGCGACGGCCGCCAAGCAGUAUGCGGAAACUGCUAGAUGACGCGGAGGGCGGGGAUCCGGAUACGCCCACUCAUUCCAACUUUCCCUCGGGCGGGUUGGCGCCCCCUAGUGGUGGACUCGCACCACGGACACCGAUGGCUAGGGCAAGAACACCGAAUGGACUAGGUCCUAGGUCGUCUGGUGUACCCGUCACGCCUGGUGCCUCCCGCUCGUCCUCUCGACCCUCUAUCGGUGUCGGCCGGCCCAGUAUAGGCGGGUCCUCCAUUCCAGGCGGUACCUUCACCCCACGCCGGAUAUCCAUGGCGAGCAGCACUACCUCUACUACGCCAUACGCGAAUCGAAAUCGGCCGGAAUCGCGUCAGGGCGGAACGGAUAGUGCGGGAGGGGCGAAGUUUGCGCCGCAAGUUGGGGACAAAGUUCGGAUGCAGGGAAUGGGGAUGGAGGGGAUACUGCGGUUCUUGGGCGCUACACAGUUCAAGGAGGGCGUAUGGGCGGGAGUGGAGCUGGAAGGUGGAUUUAAGGGGAUGGGAAAGAAUGACGGGAGCGUAGAGGGAGUUGAGUACUUUUCCUGUCCGCCCAAAUGCGGCGUCUUCAUCCUCGCCGCUCGCCUAUCCGCACCUACUGCCGCCGCUAGCGCGCACCCCUCCCGCCCGGCCUCCGUGGCAUCCCACAUCUCCCACGCUUCCGUCUCUUCCGUCAGCGGCCGCAUGACACCUGCACACGAGCGUCUGCGACCCGUUACAGCCACUCCUGGCAAAGCACGUACGGUCUCCUCGGCGUCCCGAUUUACUCCCCGCUCGACCAUGGGCUUCGGGGUGGAUCCUCCUGAUCUCCCUGAAGACAAUCGGCCGCAGCGCAACCUACUCGGGAUCUCCACUUCGACCAAUACCACACCCACCGCCUCGGGCGCGGCCAAAAUCACCGCAGGGAGCCGAGCGAGCAAGUACGUCGGAAUGACUGCCAAGCAGCUCCAGUCUGCUCGGGAGGGCACACUAGGUGCGAGUGUGCGCGGACUGGACAAAAGCACCGCGACGACUCCGAAGGCGUCCCGAGUGUCUAUGGGCGUCGGCACGCCGGCUGCUCGUACGCGGCCGAGUAUAGGCGGGAAUAUGGCCACUCCCAAAGCGAAGCCUAGGGGAAGUACGGCGUUCGGUCUCAGCUAUGGGGAGCAGCGGGAAAACAUGCCGCCCCCGCCCAGUCCGGGGAAGGCGCGCGCGGCUGUCGGAGCAGCGACGGCGAGCCUCGAAGCUCAGAUCCGGGAUCUGCAAGCCCGGAACGCCGAGCUCGAGGCGGAACUGGUCACUGCCCAGAAUGUCGCCGAGGCUGCUGCCGCCGCUGCUGCCGUGGAUCCCGAUGCGGACGCAGAGGACGAAGCGAGUAAUCUCGAGACACUGCGGAAUGAGAUUGAGGCGGCGCAAAAGGAGGCGGAUGAGCUUCGGCAUAGUCUUGCGCAGUCGCAGGAGGAUGCACGGCAGGCUACAGACCUAGCGGAGGAGUUGUUGAACAGGGAGAAGGCGGUAGAGGAGGAGAUGGAGGCUGCGAAGCGGGAGGUGGGGGAGUUGCGGCUGGGGAAGGGGGAGCUGGAGGCUGGGCUGGAGGCGAAGCGGGAGGAGGUCAAGGCUCUGGAGGGGAGGGUAGGAGAGGUAGAGGCAGAAUUGGGGGAGGCGGAGGGGAAUGUUGAAGAACUUAGAGCGGCGGGUCAGGCGACGAUAUCGCUGUACGAGCAGAAAUUGUCGGACCAGGAGACAAGAGCAUACGAGCUCGAAGAUCGGAUACGGGUCCUCGAGGAUAAACUCACCAAGUCCGAAUCGGAACGAAUGAAACUUUCGUCCCCGUCUCCUUCGACAGACCCGACUUCCCUCUCGCCAUCGACGUCCCGCCUGUCCGCCGCUGAGAUCGACAACGAGACCCUCCAGACUCAGAUCGUGCACCUCCAAUCGAAGAUAUCGACCCUGGAGGAUAAUCUCGAAGAGGCACGGAGUCAGCUAGAGAGCGAGGCGGAGGCGUGGAAGGCGAGGUUGGAGAAGGCGCGGGCGGGGGAGAGGGAGAAGAGCGAAGUGGCCAGGGGGUUGAAGGAGGAGAUUGCGACGUUGCAGGGGCAAGCGAAGGGCGCCAAAGGGAGAUUGGGGGAGAUGGAGGGCGCGCUGGCGGAGGUGAGGGGGGCAUUGGAGGGUGCGCGGUCUGAGAUUGAGGGGUUGAGGGGGGAGGCUGCUGAAGCGGCUACACUUCGUACUGCUCUUCAGAAAGCUACGGCGACGGAGUCUGCUCUCGCAGAGAGUACAGCGGAGGUGGACGAGCUUCGGUCGAAGAUGGCGCGAUUCGAAGAGAUGAGGAGGGACUGCGAGAAGUUUGAAGCGCAAGUAGCUGCUUUGCAAGCUGAGCUGGCUAGUCUCGAACGCCGCUCACCCCGACCCGACCCCAACCUCCCCCUCCCACCCACCCCCCGACUCUCGACGGGCAGCCAAGAAGGGGACGAGCAAAAGAUGCACGGGUACCACCAUGUCAUCAAGGAGCUUACGUCGGAGAAUCGGGAACUGGGCGAGAGGGUCAGGGUGCUCGAGGGGGAGUUGGAGAGUGUGAGGGAGGAGGUGCGGUUGUUGGAGGAUCUGAAGGAUGUUGGGGGGGACGGGGCGGAUGGGGCGGAAUGGAGGGAGAAGGCGGAGGGGUAUGUGGUUACUAUCAAAGAGCUCGAGCGGGAAGUAUCCGAGCUGGAAUCCCUCAUCGAGUCCAAGAUAUACCACCAGGACGACCUCGAAACCCGGAUCCAAGAGCUUGAGCGGGACCUGCGCGCAUCCGUAUCCGGCUCGAAGGGGAGCGGGAGACCGUCCCCCGACUCAACGACGGGAAGUAGCAAGACCGGCUCGAUACAUACCGCCGAGGAGUACCCUUCUCCGCCCCGCCGAGACGAUGAAGAGGGGGAAGUACGGUGUGAGCUGUGUGAGGGGCCACAUGAGCUGGAUAGCUGUCCGGUGUUCGCGGGGAAUCUGGACGCGCUGCCUACGCCUACGAUUGGUUCGGGGGGCGGUAGGGUACCUGGAAUGAGAUGUGCGGAUUGCGAUAGCACAGACCAUGAAACCGCGGAUUGCCCAUUAGCGGAUGAUGUCUUCUAG